CCAUAAACUCUUCAAAGUCCCCACAAACCCUCAUUCUCUUUAGUUCAAUUCAAUCUUCCUUACACCCACCCACCCUACUCAACUACCCCACCCUCUCUAAACUCUCUCUCAAAAAAAAAAACUCCAUUUUUUCAUUAAUUAUGAAGAAACUUUAUAGAAAAGGUACAGUUCAUCCAACUCCUCCUUUGGUUUCUGACCAUCUUUCUUUUUUACCAGUUGCUAUUUUAACUCUUGCUGCUGCUUUAUCUCAAGAAGAUAAAGAAGUUUUAGCUUAUCUCAUUUCUUGUUCUACCGGCUCCGGCAAACUUUCCGGCGACUUUUCCACCAAUCGGAGAAACACCCACAAGUUGAAAACACCCAACUCGGCUUCUGAAACCGCAGUUUCUGGUGCAAAAAGUGGUAGCUCCGCCGUGUGCGGCGGCGUUGGCGGCGGCGGAGGAGCUGAACGUGUACUUUCCGGUGAGUUUUCUGGAAAUCGGAGAAAUACCCACAAAUUAAAGAUACCCAACUCAGCUACUGAAACAUCUUCCGGUGGUGGAACAAAAGGUGGCGCUGCCGUUAGCGGCGGCGUUGGCGGCGUUGCUGACCAUCCAGCUUCUUUUAACUGCGACUGUUUUAGCUGUUACAUGAGUUAUUGGGUGAAAUGGGAUUUAUCACCUAACCGUCAACUUAUUCAUGAGAUUCUUGAUGCUUAUGAAGAAGGUUUACAAAGCAAAAAAGAAAAAAGCAAAAAAGAAAGAAGAAAUAAAAACAAAGGCUCUAAUAUUAGUAGUGGUUCUGUUGAGCUAAAAACGACAUCAUCUGAGUCAAAUUUGAACAUAAACGGGUCUGUUCCGGCCGGGUCAAUUGAGUCCGACCCGGUGGAGGAAACUUCCGGCAACCAUAGCGGCGGCGAUGAAGAUGAAAGUGGUGGAGAAGAGGGAGGUGAAAAAGGUUCAGUUAGAAAGUUUGUUAGUUUUAUUGGAGAAAAGAUUUGGAGUGUUUGGACCUAAAAAAAUAUUUUUUGAAGGUAAUUUUCAAGAAAUAUUUAGUUUGUUUUUUUGCCAUUUUCCCUUCUACUUAAUCUCAUAUUAGUUCUUUUUUUUAAUUUUUAAUUUUUUUUUCUUGUUGUUCCUCAUUUGGGGGUCUGUAAAAUACCCUUUUACUUCACAAUGUAAAAUAUGGGUAGUAGUUUUGAAUGAUCACCUUCAUUGGUUUUUUCUUAUUUUCACAUUUUGUA